AUGGCUCGGGAGGACUUUGAGGAUAAUGAAGAAAUGGCAGAUUGGGAAAAGGAUGACCCUCCCAAUGGAGCCGAGGAUGGAGACAAUCCUAUGAUUACGGAGGCCGAGACAUGCAAUGCCGAGAAUAGUCUCCAAAUCACCGAAUUUCAUGGAGGGUUUUCAAAUCCGGGCUUUGAUGGUGCGGAUUACACUUGGGCUAAAAAUGGCCUCUUGGAAAGGCUGGAUAGGGUGCUGGUUAGCGUGAUGGUGGCGCCUCUAUUUGAAGCGGUAAGGGUCACAAACCUCCCUCGAGUAGCCUCGGGCAACGAGCCGGUCCUAGUUAGAGGCAAACUACCAACCAUUCAAGAGGGUGGCAGAGCGUUCCGAUUCCAAAACAUGUGGGUUAGGCAUGAAGGGUUUGCCGAUCUGGUGCAAACGGAUUGGAUGGCCCCUACGGAGGCCGGGGGAUUACUCAACUUGAAGAUCAAACUAACUAGGGUUAAGAAAACGCUCAAACGGUGGAACAAAGAGGUCUUUGGGAAUAUCCAUGCCAACCUCAAAACAUGUGAAGAGAACAUCGCCGUGGCACAAUCUGAAUUUGAAGAGAACCCCUCGGCCCGGAACAGAAUGGAGAUUAACAAGCAGAUCGCCGAGUACGUUCUCCUUCUCAUAAUAGAAGAGGACUUUUGUCGUCAAAAGGCAGCCCUGAGAUGGCUGGAAGAGGGGGAUAUAAACACUAGGUUCUACCAAAGUUGGGUGAAGCACAAAAAGAUUCGAUUGACAAUUCACAAGAUUAAUGUCAAUGGGAGGAAACUCAAGGAUGACCGUGAAAUUAGAGACUCGACAGUGGACUUUUUCCAAAAUCUUCUUGCGCCUAACUACCCGGAGCUCGCUGAACCGGACCUUGACCUCUUGCACCAACUUCCCUUCUCGGAGCAACUGGAAGACCUCCCUCAACUGCCAUCGCGGAUGAAGUUAAGCGAGCAAUUUUUGACAUCUCGGGAAAUAGUGCACCCGGCCCGGAUGGGUUCUCGGCCACCUUCUUCCAAGCGUGCUGGGGCACGGUGGGGGGCGGAUGUAGUGGAUGCGGUUAGGCAAUUCUUUGGUGGCGCGUACCUCCCCCGAAGCAUUACGGCCACGAGCAUUGUACUUAUACCGAAAAAGGCGGCACCCGAAACUUGA